ACUACGAGGGUGGUGCCAUAAUUACGUACGAGAGCGCUUUCGAUAGCGCCGGCCGCAUGGUCACCGUUCCUUACUUGGACAAGUUCGCUGUGAAGCGCAAGGCUCAGAGCUCGACGGGUGUUGCCGACAUCGCCUUCAAGAGCAUGGUCAAAGACUUGUUUCCGGACGAGCUCGUCUGGCGUUCGCGAAGCAACAAUCCGGUGAACAAGUGGUACUACGAGCGCAGCAAGGGCAACUUUGUGCUUGCAAACACCAUGUGGCGGUGCUUCUGGGUUGGCGAACACACCCGUGAACACGUGGCUCUCGAGGCCUAUGCGGCCAUCUGCCGCUCGAUCUCUCCGUCCUGGGCCAGCUAGCCGGCACGUGAUGCUCGUAACGACCCUUCAGGGAAAGUAGAUAUAAUCAGAUUAUUACUUCAAGAGGAAGAGGACAGCAGAGGUGUUGCAGUCGUCGCUUGUUGAGAGAUAGAAAAGUGUUCCAGUUGCUAGCAUGUCUUUGGCCCACUCUGUCGAACAGUUGGGCAUCAGCUCAAGGGCAGCUGAGUUUGGUGAGUUGUACCAAAAAGCCCUGCGUUUAAUCAAGACUCCUGCAAAAUCUUUUGAUCGAGCUUUUCUCCAAGAUGCUAUCAUUACUCUCAUCUCCCAUGAUAAGUACCAGUCUGCUUUGAAUCUCAUCACUUUGUUUAAGAAGUCAGACAAUUUCAAAAGGCUUUCUCAUUCCUUGGGCCCCUAUUUCUUACUUCUAGAAAAUGCUUAUAUUUACUAUAAACUAGGCGACCAUGAAAAUUUUCAUGCGCUUUUAUCUCAGGUUGAAUUAUCGGCUCUAAAUAACAACAAAUAUCUUAAAAGCGCUUUAUUGCAUUUGAAGGCUCAAGAGUUUUACAGAAUUGGCUCAUAUAAUGACUCAUUCAUUAUAUACAACUAUUUGAUUUCUUCCUCUUUGAAUUCAUCUCAAAAAUUCGACAGCAAUUUGGAUUUAUUAAUUAAUCAAAGAGCUUCUUUAUCCCAUUUAAAUAAUUUUUCUGCCGAUUAUAAUAAUCUUUUAAUUUACUCAAAAUUAAAUGAUGAUCUCACUCUAAAUUCUUAUGACUUAAUUUUCAACGACUCAUUAAUCAAUUUAAAUUUAAAUAAGCCAGAUCAAUCCUUAAUUUUCCUUAAAAAAGCUAAAUUGAAUUGUGAGAAUUUAUUCAAAAUUAAUUUUGAUGAUGAUUCGAUAGACUUCUCCAACAAUUUGGAUUUUUUCAAUGAAAUCUUUCCAAUCUUAUUACAAAUCUCUCUUGUUUAUCAAUUACUAAAUGAUAAUCAAAAUUCUUUCAAACUUUUGAAUAAUUUGAAACAAAAAUUUAACUCGAAUUUAUUUAAUAAUCUUAACUCAACUCAAAACAACCUAUUAAAAUUAAUCUUUUUUAAUAAUUAUUAUUCAAAUUUAAAUAACUCUCCCGAUUUUCUCAAUAAUAACUCAAUAUUAGUUUUAAAUCAAAUAAAUUAUAAUAAUUCAUUUUCUUCUUUAAUAAAUUCAACAAAAUUGUUGCCUGAUCAAUUAUCUCGAUUAAAAAGAAAUGAAUUCUUAUUAAAAUUUAAAUCAAAUAACAAUAAUAUUCAAUCUCUUUAUGCCCAUUUUAUUAAGCAUUUUAAUAAAUUUAAUCCAGCUUCAAUUUAUGAUAUCAAAAAUGACUUGAAUGAAUUAGAAUUGAAAAAAUUUCAAAAUUACAUUCAAUCAAACAAUAUAUCCAUUCCAAUUAAUGAUAGUAAUAACAAUAAAAAUAACAAAGAUAAAUUAGAGUCAUUUAAUGAUUUUAAUAUUUUAAGUUUGAUCUCUCUUAAUAAUUCAAAUUUAUUAUCCGGUAUCAAUUUAAAUGAUCUUAAUAAUUCUCAACAGAAUUUAUCUCAACUAUCAAAAACCUAUUUCAAAUACCUUAUCAAACAAAUUAAUUCCUUGUAUUCAACUUUUAACUCCGAUAUGUAUGAUCUUACUGAAUUGGAUCUAUUUAAAAUUAAAAAAACUAUCGCAGGCUCUUUGUUAUCUUGUCAACUAUCAAUUAAAUACAAUAAUUCAAAUUAUAACUCAUCUGUUAUUUUGCUUGAAACUUUAUUGGCCUUUAAUAAAAAAGACAAUACUUUCAAGUCUUUGAAUCCAAUUCAGAAUUUAGCUCUUACAAAGUAUUUUGCUAUAAUUUCUGUUUUAUUAUCAUUAUAUAAAUCUUUAGACUCAAAAAAUAAUCUUAUUAAAAUCUUUGAUUUUGUUUAUGAUUUUUACAUUGAUGAAAGCAACAAUAAACUCUUAAAUUCAUUGCAAAUUCAGUUUUUGAAAAGUUUUACUUUUAAAUUUUAUGAAAUUUCUUUGUCAAAUAUUGUCUCUAAUAAUGAUUUAUUAAAAAAAUGCUGUUCAUUAUUCAAAAUUUUAUCUAAAUAUAAUUUAAAUGAUUCAUUAACUGAUCUUAUAUUAAAAAAUGAAAACUCAAAUGAGAUUCAAAAUAUCGAUCAUAAAUUUUCUAAUAUCGAUAAAUUAACAAAAGAUCUCUCAUAUGAGUCUUUAAUAACAACUGGUUUUGAUAAAAUUUCAAGCGAUUAUCUUAUGGAUGAUAAUACUAAUAAUCCAAAGAAAUAUAUAAAUAAAAAACGCAAAAGGGUUAGAAACAAGCCUCAACAUAUAUCAAAAAGUUUGAAAAUUGAUGAAGAAAGAUGGUUGCCAUUAAAAGAUAGAUCAUAUUAUAAAGUAAAUAAAAGAGGUAGAAAUUUUAACAAAAAUCAAUUUACUCAAGGUGGAAAUGCUGAUAAUACAACUGAAGAAAAUUUUGUGGUUAAUACAAAUAAAGUGACUAAAACUUCCAAUGCGCCCAAUAAAAACAAAAAAAAAAAAAAAGGUGGAAAGAGAAAAUAGUAAUUUCUUAAAUAAAUCCAAUACCUAGUUUAUUGUAUAUAUAUUAAAGAAAGUCUUUUAUUUCAUCUAUUUUUCACCUUUUUUUCAUUUUUUUAUUUUUUUAAUUCGCUUAUUAAAUU